GAACUGGAUCUUUAACCACACCUUCGAGCAAGCUCACUAGUUGAACUCAAUGAACCACUCAAUCGAGAUAGCCUGCGAGCCUCAUGAACCUAAUAAGGAUGAGCUCAGACUCGACUCGUUUACUAAUAAGUCGAGUUAAAACGACAUUUUCUCGAGUAGAGUGUCGAACCAGUCAUGAGCCGUGUGUCUCAAACCUGGAUCAUCAUAGGAAUGCUUCCCCUGGAUUAUCUCCAGAAGUAGUAAACUGCUGCAAUGUCUAAUCCAGAAAAGACUUAUGAAUAGAAAGUUACAAGUAGAAUCAUUUUAGAAAUUUACAUAUCAAGUUUGGGUGGUGUAGUUGGUUAUCACGUUAGUCUCACACACUAAAGGUCCUCAGUUCGAACCUGGUCUCAGACAUUUUCAUUUUGAAGUUUUUGUUCUGGUGUUCAGUUCGGAGCAGGCUUGAGAUUUUCAGAGGCCCAGAUUAUGGAACUUGGGCCUGGUAAUUUCAUACGGGCUUACGGCUAAUUAAGAUUUCGUUGAAUAAAGGCCCAGCGGAGCAAAAAUAAUUAUCCGGAACGGGGAUUGAACCCGACGUGAAUCGAACACGCAACCUUCUGAUCUGGAGUCAGACGCUCUACCAUUGCGCCACGGAUCCGGUUGUUGGGUUAAUUCUCAUUUCAUUUUAUAUAUCAAAGUACAUAUGACUCUGGUGACUAGUCUAGAGCGAAGAGGAUUUGUUUCACUCUCCGCGAGCGGUUCAAUGGAAGCGGAAACUCUUCUCCAUCGUGCCAUUUCUUGGAGCUUCAGUCCCCAGUGUCAUCUUCCCCACCGGACUCGUCUCCUCCGUCAAGCCGUCCGGGCUUCUUCCUCAAAUCCUCGGUUGAAGAAAAGUUAUCAGGGGCCGAAGCCGAAGCAAGAUUUGGUACCUGACUGGGUGUCUAGGAACGACGACACCGUUCGAAGCUUGCCCAUAUACGUUGGAGGCGCUUCUCUCGUCGCCGUCCUCGUUAAUCGCGCCGUUUCCGGCAUAGCUCCAGUUGCAGAUGCCAGCAGUUCGCAGUCAAGAGCAGAUCUAUUGACACUUGGCUUGGCUGUGACCAGUAUACUGACUGGCCUGGUAUGGCUUACAAUCAAGCCAAAGUCUAUCUCCGUGGUGAAUCCGUUAGGUGUGGAAUGUCGGAUGAUAUCGUCCCGCUUACCGGACCCUUCAAUCGCAGAACUCUUAUGGGUAUGGGAGUCUCUAUCAUCGGUUACAUGCUGCAGGUCUCUAGUGGUUGUGUAUGAUCGUACUUGUAUCUUGCAAAUUGGAGUUGCAGCUGAGUCCUCUGGUGGAGAAGCACAGGUUGUCGAUGCUGCCAGGUUGAGUGAAGGUUCCGUUUAUCAAGGUGUUAUGAAGUCUGGAAGUCAAAGCUAUUUAGCAAACCUAUCUCUGUAUCCUGGGAGGUCAGAACUGCCAUUUUUACCAUCCAACACACAGGCAGUGAUCUUGCAGCCUCUCGGAGACAAAGGAAUUGUAAUUAUUGGAGGUGACAUGAUUAGGGGUUUCACAAAUGCUGAUCAGGCGUGGAUCACUUAUCUUGGAGAAAAACUGGAUGCAACAAUUGCCAAACAUACAAUUAGUGUAACCCCCUUGAAAAUCCAGGACAGAAUUUGAGACCAACUUGUUGAGCUUACUUGCCCUCCCUCAUCAUUCAUUUGCCACACCUUCGGUUCAAGGUAACCUUCAGUUUAGCAUCUGUGCCAUCAUUGUUUGAUAUUCCUUAAUAGAUUGAACCUCCUACAUUCUACCUAAGCAUUUCCUUAGUAGCAGUAUCUCAUGAUUAUCUACUAAUUUUAGAUUAGGAUGCGGAUAGAUGACCCUCAAUAAGAAUAAAUAACUUAAGAGUUGAGGGUUAGAGGCAUGUAGUUCCCUUAACAUCUCUAAGAGGUUUCUGGAAUAGUCUGAUUGCUUAUAGUAGUUCAUGUUGAUGUCUUUAGGAUUAUGUUGCAUUAUUCUUCAUAUUGCAGAGCCAAGCCCCUCUUCGAAAAGGAAUAUUUGAUCCGACCCUGCUGUCAGUAUGAGUGCUUCCAGAGUAGUUGCUAGUUCAUUUUGAUCUGUUCUUUAUUGCUGGCAUUAUCUGUAUAGUGUUUUAGCAGGGUGUACACACUUUCCCUUGCAAUAAUAGAAAUUACAGUUAAGU